GGCCGGCGGGAGAAGUGGCGGUUGGUGCGGAGCCGCCUCGGGGUGCGUGCUGGUCGGUGUAGCCGUGGCGGAGGGAAGCGCCUCCCGCCCCUCGCUGCGUGAGGAUGCAGAGCUCCGACCUGGGCAACAGGGAGCGGGGCAAGCUCUGGCACCGCAAGCCCGCCCCGGCCGCGCAGCAGGGAGUCAUAGUAAACAUUAUUCACAGUGCCACAGGAUAUCAUUCAAAGACCAUACGUUUUCUGAAUGUGGCCUUUGACAGUUCUGGAGAUUCUUUACUUGCUGGAGACCACCAAGGGAAUAUUUAUGUUUUUGACUUGACAGGAAACAGAUUCAGUCUUGUUCAGCGAACCAUGCAGGCUUGCACUGCUUUGGCGUUUAAUCUUCGCAGGAAGACUGAAUACCUUGUGGCUUUAGCAGAUUAUUCCAUUAAAUGUUUUGAUACAGACACCAAGGAGCUAGUUAGUUGGAUGAGGGGACAUGAUUCUUCAGUAUCUUCAAUCUCCGUCCAUGGUUCAGGCAGAUAUGCCAUUACUACAUCCACUGAUACAGCACAAUUCUGGGAUCUCGAUACCUUCCAAAGAAAAAGAAAGUUGAACGUCCGCCAAUCUGUGGGGAUUCAAAAGGUUUUCUUUCUUCCACUAAGCAACACCAUCCUCAGCUGUUUCAAAGAUAACUCUGUCUUUGCAUGGGAAUGUGAUACUCUUCAAUGUAAAUACCAGUUGCCAACUCCAAUAGAAGGCUCUGUGUUGCAUUAUAAAGUCUUUGCCGUUACCAGAGAUGGCCGGGUGCUAGUAACAGGAGGAAAAUCGAAUCAUCUUCACUUGUGGUGUCUGGAGUCAAAACAGCUGUUAAGAAUAAUCCAGAUGCCUACAAAAGUACGAGCUGUUCGCCAUCUGGAAUUCCUUCCUGAUAGUUUUGAUGGUGGUUCUAAUCAGGUUCUUGGAGUGCUAAGUCAAGAUAAUAUUAUGAGAUUUAUCAAUAUACAGACAUGCAAACAUCUGUUUGACAUUGGGAAUCAUGAGGAGGGAAUCAGCACAGCAGCUAUUAGCCCAAAUGGACGGUACAUUGCAUCAGUAAUGCAAAAUGGUAGCCUCAACAUAUACAGUGUCCAGGCUUUAACGCAGGAAGUAAAUAAGCCACCACCACCCUUGGUUAAAGUAGUUGAAGAUUUGUCAAAAGACAAGUUGGGAGCAAGUAAACUUACAAUGAGAGUGACAUCAGGAAGGUCAGAGAGGCCUUGGAAAUCAAGAGGAAGUAAAACUCAAACCAGAGUGCUAAAACCACAAGUGAACACAUCACUUGAAAAUAGAGAGAAUGAGUUGCCAGAUGGAUUAAACAAGAAACGUCUACAAGCCUUACUGAAAGGAUUUGGAGAAUAUCCAGCAAAAUACAGGAUGUUUGUUUGGCGUGCCUUACUACAACUUCCUGAAAACCACUUAGCAUUUAGUAGCCUAAUAGAUAAAGGUAUCCAUUCUGCAUUUGUGCACCUAAAGGACGAAUACCCCAUGAAAAGUAGGAAACUGUUGAGAGUCUUACAAAGGACCUUAUCUGCUUUAGCUCAUUGGUCUGCUAUCUUUGGUGAGACACCAUACAUUCCUCUGCUAGCAUUCCCAUUUGUAAAAUUAUUUCAGAACAACCAGCUGAUCUGCUUUGAAGUUGUUGCUACUGUAAUAGUUAAUUGGUGUCAACACUGGUUUGAGUAUUUUCCUAAUCCUCCAGUCAAUGUCCUUAGUAUGGUGGAAAAUAUCUUGGCACAUCAUGACAAGGAAUUGCUUCAACAUUUAAUAAACUACAGUGUGACUUCACAGCUAUAUGCCUGGCCUCUUCUAGAAACAUUGUUCUCUGAGGUUCUAACAAGAGAAGAAUGGCUGAAAGUGUUUGAUAAUAUCUUUUCCAACCAUCCUUCAUACUUUCUCAUGAUGGUUGCUGCCUAUAUCAUAUGUUCCAGAGCUCCUUUGCUUCACUGUAAUCAAACAGAGGACUUUGAGUAUUUCUUCCAUCAUCGGAACAAUCUGGAUAUUAAUGUUGUGAUUAAAGAAGCCUAUCAUCUUAUGGAAGCUACCCCAUCAGACAUCCAUCCACAACGUAUGCUUGAUGACUUCGUACCACUUACAAAGGGCCAGUACCCAGUAUUUAAUAAAUACCCCAAGUUUAUUGUGGAUUAUCAGACUCAGGAGCGAGAGAGGAUCAGACAGGAUGAAAUAGAAUACUUACGAGAAAGACAAUUAGUUCACGAAAUAGAAGCUAAAGCAGUACAGCGAAAAGUAGAAGAUGAGGCCUGGUAUCGGAAGCAAGAACUGCUUCGUGAGGCUGAAGAACAGAGGAGAAAAAUUUUGCUGCAAGAAGAGGAAAAACUGGCAGAUCAAAGACAGAGACUAACAGCUGUGAAAAGAGAGUUGAAAGUAAAGGAGCUGCAGCUGUUGGAUGCUGCAAGAAGGCGUUUCCUGAAACAUCAGCAGGAUCAGCGUCAAAUGGAGCUAAAACGUCUGGAUGAUGAAAUUGCAAGAAAGGUGUCCAUGAGAGAGCGAGAAACAGCUGCUACUGUUCAAGAUGUAGAAGUGCGGCAAAUGGAACUUGAAUCCCAAAGACAGCUUUUUGAACAGCAACUUGUCAAAGAUCAAGAGACAGUGACACAGGAAGUAAAAGGGGAGAUAGAUGCCAGUCGAAGAAGGGCAGAUCUUGAAGAACAUCUAGUUCAGAGGUUGAUAGAAAUUGAUCGGGAUGAGGACCGUAAAGCACAGCUGGCUGAAGAAAGUUUAGCAAAAGCUGAUCAGAAGUGCAUCGACACAGACUGGAGAAUCCAAGCCUUGUAUAAACAAAGAUGUGAUGAUCUGGACCGUGAGGCACAUUAUGAAGAGAUAGCUAAACUUCUUCAUGACAACAGAGUAAAAGAAGCAGAGUUGCUGAAGGCAAUGAAGGAAGAGGAGGAUAAAAGGUGGGAAGAAGUUACAGAGAAAAGAGCUCAACUGGAAGCAGAGCAGCUAGCUGUUGCUGCUUUGGACGCACAGAGGAAGCAGUUCUUAGAAGACGAAAUAAACGAUGCAAUAGAACUGGCUGAAAAGCUACAAAGUGAAGAUGGCUAUUUUGAGAGAUUGCGUGAUUUAAAGACUGGGUGUGUACAGCAAGAUUUAAAAUUCCAGCAGGUGCCGAGGGAAGCCCAACCCAAGUCAGGAUAUGUCUGUCUAAAUGACUUAUCUACAGCAGAGUCGUCAGCACACUUUUCUUUAGAUAGAAGACGAGAAGACUUGGAAUACAGAGAACGGGAAUUGAUGGCAGAAGUCCGAGAGCUCAGGCAAAAACUUACUUCACAGGCCCAAGCUACAUAUCCACUACCUCAUUUUCCAGACACAAAGUGGACCGCUUAAGAAAGCACACUUCAUACUUUAGCUGUGCCUUAUUAAUCACUGGAAUUCUAAACAGUUAUGUUGUGAUCAAAGAGAUUGAUUUUUAGAUUAUUUAUUAUAAAUACUUUUGGAAAUAAUACUUUUGUAUAUAAAAAUAAAAUACUAACUAGAAAUGUUAUAGUUGCACACUUCUGAUUCUUCUAUCCAUAAUGACACUUCAUUCUUGAUAUUUUUAUUAAAUAAACUUUUUUUUUAUUGCUGUACUACUGAACAGUCAAUAUUUGAGUACAAGGC